AGUGACUCGAUUUCUUGUGCCCCCGAAGCUUGUGUUUCUGUUGAUAUUCAAUGCCUGUCAUUCAUUUUUAGCGAGCCCGCAUAGAUACAACAAGGCGGCGGAUAGCAAAGAGGUGUUUCCGAGGAAUGGAGGAAGCAAGUACAAUACCAAAACUCAGCUAGGAUCGAAAUAUUAGCAGCAAGAGCAGCCCUCUGUUGAAACACAAACAAAAGCGUGGGGCCAGCUAGUGCCUUGCUGUUCCCCUCUUCAGCUUUUCUUUACGAGAGGCACCAACCUAAGCGACUACAAGUACUUCUACGCAUCGAACUUUGAUAGUAACAGCCAAAACUAGUACACCCGUUUCCUGAAACAAGCAGGAACGAAAUGAGGAUCAUCGGGGAAAGCAGCAAAACAAGGUGCGGCCGGUUGCUGGCAAAUCUGGCGAGCGCUGUCAGUGUGUUUCUUUACUUUGAGGGCGAAUGUGGUUCUUUCUUCACCGGCCGAGCAGUCACCAAGCCCUUUGCCCUCGCCUCUGGGUCGCCGUCAGAACUGCAGCUCGGCAAGGAGGCUCCUCAUGAGAAGCCGCACCCAGUCGAGCCCGCCAGCGGCCCGCAUGAAGGCCCAGUUUUCGAUCUGGAGAAGCCCGCCAGCUCUUCAGGACAGGGGGGCGGAGCCGGUUCCGUGGUCCCACAAGGGCUCGAGCUGAACCACCCACCGCCGGUCGGUGCUGGCGCUCGAACCGCCGACGCCGACAUGCUGGAGCAGCAGAAAGUUUUCCUCGAGAACAAUAUAAACGCUCGGGCAGGCAAAGAGGACACCGAUUCCAAUCUGUCUUGGAUUGACGAUGAUCGGGCCACUGAGCCCGAGGGCUAUUUGGACUCGGACGAGGCGCAACGAGGUGUAGAUGCAGAAGACGUCGACUCUGGGUUGGAAAGAAGCGCGGCUCAUCUUGGGAAUGGUACAGCAGCAGUUGCUGCUAUCUUAAGUAGAAACGCCACGCCCCAGACUUGUCAUACAGGUAUGCGUUUACAGCUACGGAAGCACUUGCAUCGCGCGCAUUCCCACCCACGUGCCGCACCAGUUCUAGCCGAGGCCUGAGUUCUGGUUUUUGCUCUUUGCAAAAAGAGAGACGCAGCAGCACUGAAAUACAGCACUCAGACUUCAGCUCCUUAUGCAUUGCAAUACAGUUUGGGUUUGCAGCUCUAUGCUGAGAGGCCUCCGUAGUCGUGUUCUGGCAUUUAUGAUGCUGUAAACCAUAAACGCAGAUUGCCCUGUUAAGCGGUUGUCCUUGCUAACCUGCACCACAUUGCGGCGGAAAAAUUUGUCACUUUUUUACUUUCGAGCCUUCGGAAUUAUUUGUGUGGUACAAGAAGUCCCAUCGUGAGGUUGGGGCGGGGUCGUUUUUACAUAGGAGAGCUGCGGCUUCGGCCGAGAAAGCAACAGAUGCAGCAGCAGGACUUCAGCAGCACUACGGGCGAGCGGCUGCUUUGGAUCGUGCAAGGGUGCCGGCAGCCGUUGUGAGCCCGGCAAGGGUUGAAUCACAGACGGUUGCUGCAGGGUUGCCGCAAAUUGAGCUCCUGGAAGGAGAAAAGGACCUGCUGUGGGGGAAUGUGGCUUCUUCGGCCGCUGGCGGUGCUCAAGCUGCGGCAUGUCCUGCGGAUGGUGAAGAGGAAGAUUUUUUCUCCGCCAGUGGAGGUCCCGACGCUGAACAGCAACACCAACCCGACUUCGACGAUCAAGAAAGCGAUGGAAGGACCAAGAGUGCCACGAUGGCUACGCAGCGCGAGGAGAAAGAGUUUGAGGGCAAGCCCGUGACGAGGAGCGCACAUGCACAACGGUUGCGAAGGCAGCUGGAAGAUUUGGAUAGCCUAUUGAUCGACCCGACGAGCUUCUUCGCCGACUUAUCUCCGGACGAUGUAAUCGGACUGAUUAGCGGAACGGGCGCGUUCAAGCGAAGCGGGCCGACCAAGAUCUGGUCUUAUCCAAUACAUAUGUAAUGCCUGGAGCUGGAAAGUUGGAAACUGCAAAAGUGCUACCUUUGGGCGAAUACUCGUCAAAAAUCUAAAUUGCCAAACCAACACGAGUCACCUCCUCUUUUGUCAUGCAAAAACGCAGUUUCUCAUGCGGACUGUCUAAGAGAAAGCGUUCUGGUAAGUUGACAUGCUGGGCAGCAUUCGGAAGUGUUUCCGCCAUCCGCAUUUCGCCGAGCGUCACAAAUUUCCAGACCCGGACACAUUCGCAGUGCAUAGGCCGAUCCAAGAUCUGAUCUUCCGUGACGCGCUGCAGCGGGAUCGCAGCGCGGCGGAUGCAGGCAGCGCGGAGAUCACGAGGGGACAUGGUGUCGUUCCAGAAGAAGAUGCCAGUCGGUCAAUAAAGGGGGUGCACCAGGGUGGUACUAGUAGUUCGGGCCCUCGAGGUGGUUCUUCUGGAGGCAGAAGUUGUGGCAGUGCUGGACCAGGGGGAACUUCUACGACGCCCCCAGGCCCCGCGUCGUCUGGACUACAAGCAGCAACUACCGCCGCCCAAGAUGCCGCUGACAAUUCUACUCCUGCAGGAAAAGGUGGAGCAGCUGGUGCUGAUAAUUUCUCUCCGGGAGGACAAGGAUCAGCUGGUAUUAUCGUUCUAGGCCCCGCCCCGUCCCGACAAGCAGUGCCUCCUACCCAACUGGACCAAGCCGACGCAUCAAGAACAGCGUCAGGUGCGGCAACUGGGAGACAAAUAACGAGGUCAAUAUCUUCUCCUUCUGUUGGCGCCGGCGUGGGGUCUUGGUCUUCUUCUGGCUCUGCGCUACAAGAACCAGGCGAAGUUGACCAGCAAAAAACUGGCGCGGCUGUUUCGACGACGCCUUGUACACAGAUGCUGCCUGGGGCCGGAACGGGCACUGGUAGUGCAGCAGCAGGUGCUGCAGGUGCUAGUAGUUCCAGUGUUGGAAUUACAAUCGGGCCAACAGGCGGCGGGGGGCAGCACGCGUGCACUGCUGGUGGAGCAACGGAAGGAGGACCUUCAUCAGCUACAGGUGGGACGACGUCGCCCACUGUUCCAGUUGAGGCCCCAGCCACGGGGGGAGAACAAACGCAAACCAAGACCCAGAGGACCACGGGGGGACAACAAACGACCCCCGAUGACCCGACGCUGCAACAGGGACAAGAAAAACAGCACGAGCAAGGAACUACGCAACAGGGACAGGGAACACAACAGGGACAAGGGACACAACAAGGACAAAGGCGUGCUCAAGCGGAGCGGGCCAGCCAAGAUCUCGCACAUUGAAGGAUCUGAGUUCUCCCCUAUGGACCCCCGCCAACGAGGGUGCGUAAGCGCAGACAGUGGCUCUACUUUGUCACGGUAUCCCAGCCAGUGCGUGAAAUUGUUUCGGAGUAGUAGAAGCUCGCCUUCCUCCUCUUCUUCGGAGCUUAUAUUGUCGGACUGGGCGAAGAGCUUUUUAUAGAACGCACCGAACUGCUGCUGAGAAGGUAGUUAGCAUGGACAACAGUGGCCGGGAUGGAAACGCAUCUCACUGGUUUUUUUGACAUUUUGAUGUAGCAGGGAAAACUCGCACUGGUUUUGAAAUUAGGAAGUAUAGAGAGCUAACGCCGGCCACCGCCAUCUGCUUUGUUACUUCUCCGGCCACGUAGAUAAAGUUGUUGAUUGUGGAUUCGAAUCAAAAUAAAUAACGAGAGCGCAGCACUGGAGCGCCUUAUUUAAUGAACAGAACGUACGUGGAGCACUAGAGUGCCUUAUUUGGUCUUCCCCGCGACAUUCGCGACGAGAUGAAGCCCUAACGUUUCAAGAGAAAAGACAGUCCUUAGUCUCUUUACAUUUUCGCAAGCCCACCGUGGCUGUCGACGACGCUUCCAAAAGUGGCACGUGGACAAUGAAACUCGAGUGACCUAUCUUUGGACGCGAACGAGGGCAAUCUUGGCAGCC